AUGCGAAAACUCACGAACUUCGUCAGGUCGCUCUUCUCCAUCGCGUACUUGGCCUUGAUCGUGCUUACGGUGCCCCUAGCAUUUGACUUGGGCGGUGUUGAGUGUGGGCUCACAUACUCCCUCACCAUUGUGGUGCUAUACUUUCUUCUCACGUCUGUCAGGCUUCUUUGCAAGCGGUUCCCCGUGCUCAAGCUCUUGGUCCCGCUCUACUAUGCCCAGCACGUGUUUCUACCGAGUAUCUUGAUGUACAUCAUUCUGUACUGCCAGAACCAGAACAGCAGGUCUUACUUUGCUGUGGUGGCCGUGUGGCGCUACAUUUUGGUCCACCUGACCCCAGUGUUCACCAUUGCCGAGGGUUUUUGCUCGUUGCUUUUGCUCCAGGCGAUUUCCCAGACGUUGGACUGGCUCACUUUGUACAAGUCUGAUAGCUGGCUCUUUGUUUCGUUAAUAGGCUCCGGGUUCACCAUCACAGGCGCCUUGUACUUCUUGUACAGAAUCUACGUGUUGCCCUUCACUAUUGAGUUGGGCAGCGCCUCGCUUCUAGGCUCCUUUUUGACGUUGACCAUCGGGCUCGGUUUUUAUGGAAUUGUUUCCGGAAAGGGCUCCAUGAUCGAGUCCUCCUUGUUGUUUGCCUACAUUGUGCGCUGCAUCUACGAGAUGUUCCCUCUGCUCUCGGAUAACGCUGCUCAGACAUUGACCCACCUCUUCACCCAGACGAAAAUCAAUUUGCAAAACGAGAUCCCCAGGCUCCCUCCGCCUCUCACAAAUACCAUACUGGCUGUGCUCCCCUUCUUGGCACAAAACUUACCGGGCUCUUUCAAAACGAUAUGGGACUUCUUUCUUUCUUCGGCUGAAAAGCUCACCUUACCGUUGGUUGUGAAUUUGGCCUACAGAAUUGGUGUCUUCUACGCCGCUACAAAGAUCAUCCCCUCCUUAUAUCAUCGCCUACCGUAUUCUCCGCCAAGAACACCUCCGCACAUCAGCUCACGCCUGUCAUCAUCCGCAUCCAUUUCCCCCAUCUCUCUGAGCUCUUCUACGUCUCUGCAAGCAAACGAGAAAGGCAACGAGCGUCUAAAGAUCAACCGCGCCCGUGCAAGGGCUCGUCCAUCCACUACAAUAAGGUUGAUCUAUGCAUACUCCCCUUGCAUCAUUAUUGCCGUUUACACUCAUAUGAUGCUUCUGUAUAAUGGGGAGCUUGGCUCCGAGCUCAAGCUCUGGGGCUGGUGGGCUUCUGCCCCGAAGGAUAUGGUGAUCAUCGUGCACCCUUGGCAAUUCUGGAACUGGGUCAAAAUGGGCACCACUCUUCUACUCUACAUGUUAGAAUUAUCUGGCGACUCGAGCUCGGCCAUGACUAGCCACUGGCUGGUGAAUUGA